AUGGCUCCAAACUUUUUGAGGCUGCUCGUAGCCUCGCCAGAAAUCAAUCCCAUCAACCAAAAAGCAAGAUCGAUACCUAUAUUAAACCCAUUCGAUAAAUAUGGAAGAGUGUUCUUUUUCUCGUGGUUAGGAUUCUUCGUUGCGUUUCUCUCGUGGUACUCGUUCCCGCCUCUGUUGGCUGUGACAAUUAAAAAGGAUCUUCACCUAAGCCAGACCGAUAUUGCCAACUCUAAUAUAAUUGCUUUGCUAGCAACUCUUCUUGUUCGAUUUUUCUCUGGGCCACUAUGUGAUCGCUACGGUCCACGAUUGGUUUUUGUUUGGACAACUGGAUACUUCGAUAAAAACGUCAUUGGCUCUGCAAAUGCCUUGACAGCGGGCUGGGGAAAUGCAGGAGGGGGUAUUACAUACUACGUGAUGCCUGCGGUCUUCGAUUCUCUGGUCCAGCACAGUGGACUUGCUCCCCACAAGGCAUGGAGGGUGGCAUACAUUGUCCCGUUUAUCAUUAUUGUCGUUGUUGCUCUAGGGAUGCUAUUCACUUGUGACGAUACACCCACCGGCAGAUGGUCCGACCGUGCCUUGCCCAUGGCAGGAGGUUCAUCUGAUAGCAGCAUCAGAGGUGAAAUAGAUACGCCGUCUUCAGUGUCCAUUGCUAAGGAUAUCAACAACAUCGAUGAGAAGCACCCACAAACGAUUUCAGAUAUUGAAUCUCAGAGCGACGGCACAACAUACCUUGACCUUGCCAAGAGCGAGUUUAUUGUUCCCCCGACCACCAAGGAGAUCAUGCACGUUGUUAUUAGCCCUCAGACAUUCGCUCUCUUUGGAGUUUACGCAUGCUCCUUUGGUACUGAGCUCGCCGUCAACUCUAUACUCGCGUCAUUCUACGAAAGAAACUUCCCUCACCUGGGACAGACGGAAGCUGGAGAAUGGGCAGCCAUGUUUGGGCUUCUUAAUGUUCUAUUUCGGCCAUUGGGUGGAAUAAUAUCCGAUCUAAUCUACAAGAAGACUCAAUCCGUAUGGGCAAAGAAGAUUUGGCUUAUAUUCCUCGGCGUGGCAGCAGGUGCUCACCUCAUCGCGAUCGGGGUAUCGAAUCCCAAAACUGAAGCCACCAUGUUUGGCCUCUUCGUCGGCUUGGCCGUAUUCAUGGAGGCGGCCAAUGGGGCAAAUUUCUCCCUUGUGCCUCAUGUGUACCCAGCAGCAAAUGGUAUCGUUUCUGGCACUGUUGGAGCCGCUGGAAAUUUUGGAGGAAUCAUAUUCAGCAUAAUUUUCCGAUACAACGGGACGCAUUACGAUAGAUCGAUUUGGAUAAUUGGUGUCAUAUGCAUCGUUGUCAAUAUGUCUGUGUUUUGGAUUAGGCCAGUUCCUACAUUGCACAAAUAG